CCAUGUAGCGCCAAUGGGAGGGUGAAACAACAGGUAGGCGUCCUCUGACUCUUUCCUUUAGCCGGUCUUGUCGGUGCUUUUCUGGCCGAUGAAGUGGACCGACCGGGGCCAGAGCCCUGUCGAAAAUGACACCAGUGAAAAAACGUCGCUCCGUGGUUUCCUAAAGGUCAUGCGGGACGGUCUCCUCCGGGACUAGACGAGCUGUUUUUCGUGGGACUUUCUGGUUGAGAUACACUACAGAUUUCUACCGAAAGGUUGCGUGAUUAAUUAAUUAAUUGGGUGCUGCGUCUCAAUGUGGAGACGACGUUAAAGCUGCCAUAUUGUCCCCUCAGUUAUACUUCCUCUGGGGAUAUAAAGAGGACACACUGAGACACCGCUGAUCCUGAGAGGUCAGCCACUCUCUGAUCACAGAUCUGCUCGCAGGAGGACAUGGAGGUCCUGCGGAGGUCCUCUGUGUUUGCUGCAGAGGUCCUGGAUGUGUUUGACCGCUCGUUAACUGAGAAGGAACUGGUGACCCAGUCAAAGGCCCUGUGCAGAGACUACAUAUUGUCCCGACUGAACCAGAACGGACUGGGAUGGUCCAAAACUGAACUCAACCUCUCGCCUUCAAGUGCAGUGCUCACUGAGGUGUCUUUGGUUCUUCUCUGUUUAGGUGAUGAGCUGGAGUGUAUGCAGCCCAAUUUGUACAGGAACGUGGCGCGGCAGCUCAACAUUUCUGUUGCUAUGGAAAACAUGGUUUCAGAUGCCUUCAUCGGUGUGGCAACAGAGAUUUUCUCAACAGGUAUAACGUGGGGUAAAGUAGUGUCCAUGUUUGCAGUAGCUGGAGCCCUAGCAGUAGAUUGUGUCAGACAAGGUUACCCGACUACCGUCCACAUCCUCGUGGACAGUCUGGGCCAGUUUGUUCGCAAGUUUCUGGUUCCCUGGCUGAAGAGACGGGGAGGAUGGGCGGAAAUAACAAAAUGUGUGGUGAAGAAGGAUCUAACGCCUGAGCAGCACUGGCUGUCGUCUAGCAUCGAUUCCCUGAAGUAUUUCCUUACUACAGUAUACGUCUACAUCAUGAAGGAGCAGUGAAGGGACGAGGCCGAGCGUGCAGGAGUCAUCGUCAUCAUUUGAUACGAGAUUGGAAUCUCAGAUGUGUCAAUAAUAAUGGAGGGCAUAUGAAGGCUACGCUUAACGAGGGACAGAAACCGUGCAAUCGCUGAAUGUGCAUCAACGAGUGUUUCAUCACCAUUGUGUGUGUAAUGUUGGCCUGUAAUAAAUCCAUCAGUGAUUGUUUUUCAUCCAGACAGCAGUCACAUGGAUAUUUAACAGCGCCAGGCCACCACAAAUUUUCACAGCUGCGCGAUAAACCAGGCUUCUGCAGUGUUGUAACUGUAAUGUAUGAUAUAGUUCAGGUUGUUCACGCCCCUGCCAUAAACUGUUUGAUGCUUCAUGUGAUAUUUGUUUCAGAAUAUAAACCUGAAGGAGCCAGUUUUGUACAGAGAAUUCAUGCUUUUCCACCUGUGUCUUUUUUGACGAGACAAAAGGCAUUUAAUCCAAGCGGAAUUUAAAAAACCUUAAGAGUGAAUGUUUGUAUCAACUGGUUAAACUCCAUGGCUUUGAUUUAUGACCACUAUUGCACUACACCAAAGCACAAACAGUGUUGUGACCUAACAAACUCUCAGCUGAAACCUUAGACACUCUUAAACAAGAGAAGUGGUGUCACAUUUUGCCCACUUUUGGCCAAAGAACAGAAGGAUGGAAGAGUGGUGUGUGCGAUGCAUCGAUGACAUUUAACAGGUGUUGAAUUCCUUUUUUUUGAUCUGUAAAUAGUUUAUGAUUUUAUUUUUUUAUGUCAAAGAGUUUUUAAAGUUUAAAGCCGCUGCAGUAUGAACACAGGAUGAUUGUGUGGAACGCCUGAUGGUUGUCACUUUGAGUGUUAAUUUAUAAAUGUGUGUCUGAAUGUUUUUAUUGAAUCCACAAUAAACUUAAAAAUCUGCACCAAUUCAUUAA